AUGAAAGGGUCUUUGCUGAAGUGGACACAGAAACUAGAAUCUGUCAAGAGUUCUGGUUCUAUUGACGCUGAAGGAACGUCGCAUGAACAACAAUUCGAAAAACAUUCUUCAAGUUCAAAUGAUAGCGAGCAACCGAGAGACAGCGACAACGAGCAAACUGACAUUGAAGAACAAUAUGAUGCAGCAAUUGCAGCUCGAUCUGAAGAAGAGUUUGAAACUUUGGCUGCCAACACCACCAGUAAUUUGCCAAUAUUCAACGACGUGUCAUCGUGGCAUAUUCCUGUGCCUGAUAGUGUCAGAACUGAUAUCAUCAAAAGGGGCAGCGAACCAUUCCAGAAUAAGCAGGGACCUUUCAAGUCGGUCAAAAGGUCAUGUGCAAAGGUUAAAGGUGAAUUGCGGCAACUCUCUGCAGCUUGGUUUUAUUAUUCAUUGUCAAAUGGCGACAGGGUGCUACGCUCGUGGAUGGCUAACCGAUUGGUAAACGCCGAAACGGACAUUACGUUCUUUGGGAGUGAGAAGAGCAUUCCAGUUGCGAAUCGGCAACAGUCUUACAUACUUUCCACCAUUUUAUUAUACAAAGCUAAUGUAAUGGAAGAAAAACUGAAGGACAUGAAACAACAAAUGUAUGCAUGGGAAGAAAAAAAUGAACGACACCUUGCACGAAAUAAGAAAUUGAAAUCUGAGCAAAAUAUUUUAAUGGAACGUUUAUUGGAGCAAUCCCGAAUUGUGGAAAAGACUUGGGAAGAUGAAGAAAUCAUUGAAAAAACUGCUGUCUUAGAGACUCUUCAAGAAAAAAGGAUAUGUGCUGAGAGUACAGAGAAUGAACUUCAAGAACUUCAAAAGCAAAUCACUGAAGUUGAAAAGGAAAUUGAAGUAUUGAAAAAAGAGACUGACUACUGGACACUCUAUCGUGAAAAGGAACAAUUCUAUCAUGCCACAUACAUUGAGGUUCUCAAACAACAAAUCAGAAAUAUGAACACCAGCUUCUCUUAUUUGCAUGGAUUUCUUACUGAAAAAUUGGCAAAGGACAAGAACACGAUUCACCAAGAUAUGACCAAUAAACUGGAUGAUCAUAAGAUUGAGGCGACAGAGCUUGCUAUUAGGCAGAUACCAAAACAAUACAAGCAGGAAAUUCAAGAUAAUGAUUGGCUUAAACAAGAGACCAUGGAGCAAUUAUUUGAAUACAAUGCUAAUGAUCUAAAAAUUGUCAGAAACCUAUCCUUAAAUCAGUGUUCUGAAUUUGAUGAUAUUCAAGCCAGUCCUGGAAUUCUUGAAAUGGAUCUCACAAGACUAGAUGAAAACUAUUCACAUUUCCCUGCAUUAAUUUAUUCACCAGAUGAUAUAGAUAACAUCUAUAAAACAGUAUUCCUGAUGCAAGAAGAUCCAAUGGAUUUCAUGAAACUUGGACCAAUUGAAUGGAAGCUUCUUGCAGUAUGUGGAAAGCCAGCUCCUCUUCACAUUCCAAAACAGAAAACCCAACAAGAGCUGAAUGUAUUGAAGCAAAUUCCAAGUGAUUGGCCAGUCACCAAAUCUAUGCUUCAAUGUCUAAAAACAGUUUCUAAAUAA